GGGUCCGGCUGUACACAUGGAACAUCUCGGAGCUGCCGGCAGUCUGCGGCUCGGCCGGUGCCGGCGGAGCAGGACACAACUUCUGCUGCUGCUGCUGCUGCUGCUCCUUGACCUCUCCAAACAUCUCCUGGUGCCUCCCGGAGCUGCAGCUGACCCUGGCAGAAGGAAGGGAUGCUCAGCUCCUAGCACCCCGGGCGUGGUGAGGAUGUCAGCCAUCCCUGAUGCGUUGGGUCGCCCACGGAGCAGCUCCUCUCGCAGCCUGGCCGGGAUGCUGGAGACCUCUUUGGGCAUGGGGACACUGGAGAUGGACAAGGAGGAGAUGCGCAUCCUCAAGGUCUGCUUCUACAGCAACAGCUUCAACAUGGGCAAGAACUUCAAGCUGGUUAAAUGCUCCGUGACAACAGAGAUCAGGGAGGUGAUCAGGUCCAUCCUGGUGAGCGGCCGCAUCGGGCCUGACAUCAAGCUGGCUGAGUGCUAUGGGCUGCGCCUGAAGCACGUCAAGUCGGAUGAGAUCCACUGGCUGCACCCGGACCUGACCGUGGGGGAAGUGCAGGAGAAGUAUGAGUGCCUGCACCUGGAGGCUGAGUGGAGGUAUGACCUCCAGAUCCGCUACCUGCCAGAGGACUUCAUCGAGCGCUUCAAGGAGGACAGGACCACCCUGCUCUACUUCUACCAGCAGCUCCGCAGUGAGUACAUGCAGAACUACGCCAGCAAGGUGAGCGAGGGCAUGGCCCUGCAGCUUGGCUGCCUGGAGCUCAGGAGGUUUUAUAAGGACAUGCCUCAAAACGCGCUGGAUAAAAAGUCCAACUUUGAGUUCUUGGAGAAGGAGGUGGGCCUGGACCUCUUCUUCCCCAGCCAGAUGCAGGAGAACCUGAAGCCCAGGCAGUUCCGGAAGAUGAUCCAGCAGACCUUCCAGCAGUACGCGCUGCUGCGGGAGGAGGAGUGCAUCCUCAAGUUCCUCCACACCCUCUCCACCUUCGCCAACAUCGACCAGGAGAGCUACCACUGCGAGCUCAUCCAAGGGUGGAACAUCAUGGUGGACCUGGUCAUUGGACCCAAGGGCAUCAGGCAGAUGACAAGCAAAGAGGCCAAGCCCACCUGCCUGGCCGAAUUCAAGCACAUCAAGUCCAUCAAGUGCUCCAGCGUGGAGGAUGGCCGAGCUGUCCUGCAGCUGGGGCUCAGCAGCACCCCCCAGUCCCUGGCUAUCAAGACAGCUUCUCUGGCUGAGGCAGAGAACAUGGCUGACCUCAUCGAUGGCUACUGCAGGCUGCAAGGGGACUUGGAAACCUCACUCAUCAUCUUCCCAAGGAGAGAGAGAGUGAAGAGGAUCAGCCUGCCACAGAUCCCUGCCCCGCACCUGGAGGAGAGGCAGUCCAUGCUGUCAGACAGUGUGAGCGUGGAGUCUGACAUUUAUGCUGAAAUCCCUGAUGAGUCUUCAAGACCGAGGUCUGGAGUUCAGCACUAUGGGAUCUCCAGAGAGGACAUCACCUUGGGCAGGAUCCUCGGAGAAGGCUUCUUCGGAGAGGUCUACGAAGGGAUUUACAACACCCCAAAAGGGGAGCAGCUCAACGUGGCUGUGAAGACCUGCAAGAAGGACUGCAGCCCAGAGAAUAAAGACAAGAUCCUGAGCGAAGCAGUGCUGAUGAAGAAGCUGGACCACCCCCACAUCGUGAAGCUCAUUGGCAUCGCGGAAGAGGAGCCUACCUGGAUCAUCAUGGAGCUCUACCCCUAUGGAGAGCUGGGACAAUACCUGGAGCAGAACAAGCACUGCCUGCCCGUGCCCACCCUCAUCCUCUACGCACUGCAGAUCAGCAAAGCCCUCGCCUACCUAGAGGCCAUCAACUGCGUCCACAGGGACAUUGCUGUGAGGAACAUUCUGGUGGCCUCCCCAGACUGUGUGAAGCUGGGAGACUUUGGGCUCUCCAGGUACAUUGAGGAUGAGGAGUACUACAAAGCAUCCAUCACCCGUCUGCCCAUCAAGUGGAUGUCACCUGAGUCCAUCAACUUCCGCCGCUUCACGACGGCCAGCGACGUCUGGAUGUUCGCUGUGUGUAUGUGGGAGAUCCUCAGCUAUGGCAAGCAGCCUUUCUUCUGGCUGGAGAACAAGGAUGUGAUUGGGGUCCUGGAGAGAGGUGACCGCCUGCCCAAGCCUGAGCUCUGCCCACCUGUGCUCUACACCCUCAUGACACGCUGCUGGGACUAUGACCCCAGCGAAAGGCCCAAGUUCAAGGACUUGGUUUGUAGCUUGAGUGACAUUUACCUGAUGGAGAAGGAGCUGGCCAAGGAUCAGGAGAGGAACAACCGCCAUCGGCCUCCCAAGAUCAUGGAGCCAGUGUCCUUCCAGGAGCCACCUCCGAAGCCCAGCAGACCCAAGUACAAGCCACCACCCCAGAACAACCUCCUGGCUCCCAAGCUGCAGUUUCAGGUGCCCGAGGGCCUGUGUGCCAGCUCUCCCACGCUCACCAGCCCCAUGGAGUACCAGUCUCCAGCCAGCUCCCUGCACACCCCGCCGCUCAACCGCCACAACGUCUUCAAGCGCCACAGCAUGAGGGAGGAAGACUUCCUCCGUCCCAGCAGCCGAGAGGAGGCACAGAAGCUCUGGGAGAUUGAGAGGCUCAAGAUGCAGCAGGUCCUGGACAAGCAGCAGAAGCAGAUGGUGGAGGACUACCAGUGGCUGCGGCAGGAGGAGAAGUCCCUGGACCCAACGGUGUUUAUGAACAACAACCUCCCUCCGCUGCUCCCGGAGAAGGAGACUGAUUACAACGGUGUAGCAGAGUUCACAGGACCCCCCCAGAAGCCUCCAAGGCUUGGAGCACAGCAGUCCAUCCACCCGGCCCCGACCGCCAACCUGGACCGCAGCAAUGACCUGGUGUACAGCAACGUCAUGGAGCUGGUGCGGGCUGUGCUGCAGCUGAAGAACGAGAUCAGCCUCCUGCCCCCAGAGGGCUACAUCCUGGUGGUGAAGAACGUGGGCCUGUCCCUGCGGAAGCUGAUCGGCAGCGUCGACGAGAUCCUGCCUGUCCUGCCUGCUGCCUCCCGCACUGAGAUCGAGGGGACCCAGAAGCUGCUCAACAAGGACUUGGCCGACCUGAUCAACAAGAUGCGCCUGGCCCAGCAGAACGCCGUCACCUCGCUCAGCGAGGACUGCAAGCGGCAGAUGCUUACAGCCUCCCACACCUUGGCUGUGGACGCUAAGAACCUCCUGGAUGCCGUGGAUCAAGCCAAGAUCCAGGCCAACCUGGUGAAGCUGUGCUUGGAGUGAGGUUGGGGGUGGAGAGAAGGAAGGAGGAGAAAAGGUGGGGAAGGAGAGGAGGGGAGGGACCACCGCGCUUCAGCUGGUGGAGAUGGGAGGAGAGCGUUGCGGAGGAGCUGGCUUUUGUGUGUCUCCUGUGGCCUCGCUGCCCUGCCCUCCCUGUCCCCCUCCUCCUGCAGCUGCUCGUGUCUUUAGCAUUGUCUUGUCAGUCUUCUGAAGAAGGGAGGCAUCUCGUGACUGGGAAGGACUGGGGGGGACCUGGCUGUCCCCAGGGGAGGCUGAAGAUGCCUCUGACUCAAGCAGCCAGGUCCGCGUGUUCAUCUCUCGGCCCCGCCGAGGCCGGCCGGCUGUGGGUGGCAUGUCAUGACGGGGACCUGGACCCCACUCCUCAGGGACAUGGCAGCUCGGGGUGGCUGGCAUCCCCGGGGGUCCCUAGAGGCCACCAGAGAGGUGGCCAGAGGGCCUGUUUGAGUUUCCUUGUACAUUGCACAGAAGAGUUUAUUUAACGUUGGGAAGCAGGUCCACGCGCAGUGGUGGAGCCGGUUCCAGCACCCAUGGCUGGAGGACGCCAAGCCCCAGGCUUGAAGAAGGCAGGGAGGGACGAGACCUCGUGGACCUCAGCCUUUGGUGGCACAAACCAGCAGAAUGGUGUCUGUCCCAGCUGAGUUUUUCUCCCAGCUGCUCUGUGUAAGCCACAACAGCCAACCAAAUCUCCGCUGGGGCUUUGUGCUUUGGAGUUGGAAACCCUACGGCUCAGGCUUUACCCCAGCGUCGUCCCACAGCAUUGUUCCUUCUGGCUGAGAUAAACCAUGCACAAAGUC